AUGACAGAAGCCGGUGUCCGUGUUCCUCUGGAGCAGGUGAAGGCCGUCUCAGAUGAGCGAGUGGACUUUCUGAGGGAACAGGCCUUCAGUGUUCUACGACUCAAAACGGACAAGUGGAACCGUUUCAUCGGACUGGAGGAGAAUCAGAGAGCUCUGCUGGACUUUCUGGACCAGAGCUGGCGAGAGUAUCUGAUUCUCUUCAUGGGACCGGGAGGAACUCUGCAUGCUGGAGAUGAACAGAGCUCCUCGUCCUGGAAGACCAAACUUCUGUCUGUCCUGAAGAAGAGAAAGGGGGUCAUCUCCAAAACCUCCUUUAGGUCUCAGCUGUGGCUUGGAGAGGUUCCCGCACUACCCCUGGAUUACACUCCUAUCAUCAUCUCUCAGGUGUUUGUCUCUCUGAUGGGGUGUCCGUUAAAUCAACGUGUCUGGCCUCGAGUGGUUGGGCAGGACAUUUGCAGACACCUGGAGCAUCUGCGCAGUCAGGCGGUCACACUGAGAGGACGAGCUCACGGUCAAAUUCUGCUUCCUCUGCCGCUGUGUGUGGAGAGAAAAGACGAGCGGCAGCUCAGCUCGGAUUCGUGUCUGAUCGACAGAACGCUAUUGUACUCGAUUGAGACCAUGGUGAUUCAGUGGUGUCAGCUGAUGGGCUCUGUGCUGCAGCGGGACUCUUCUAAAGUCCUGCGCGAUGGGGACCACCCGGGCCCCACGGCGGAGCUCAGUUUCUGGGCCAAACAGAAAGACAAUUUAUUAGGAAUCCAGAAACAGCUUCAGAACCCAAAGGUCGAUAAUGUGCUGGAAAUAUUGCAGAGGAUCAUCAGCAGUUAUUAUUCACCUUUCUGUGACAUCAUUCAAAAAAUCAACCACGCGGUGGUGGAGGCGGAGGACAUUGAUCUUCACCUGCGUACGCUGCGUCGUCUCAUAUGUGCGUUUGAGGAGCGGAGCUUCAGUGAUCUGGAGCCUCUGAUCCCGGCUCUGUUUCACACACUCGCUCUCAUCUGGACACAUUCACACUUCUACUGUCAUCCCAAACACAUCGUCACACUGCUCACUGAAUUCUCCAACCUGCUCAUCGACAAGGCGUCUCUGUAUCUGAUUCCUGAGGAGCUGUUUAAAAUGGAGUUAGAGGAGGGGGUGGAGCGGGUUCGGAAGGCCAUCCAGGUGUUUUGGAUGUUCCAGCGGAGUUUCCGGCAGUACAGAGACAAGCUGACACCCGAUGGACCCUACAGCCGCCCGGGACACACGGUCAAACCCUGGGACUUUCCAUCUGAACUCGUCUUUCACAGACAUGACUGUAUCAUGGAGAGACUGCGCAUGAUUGAGGAGUUGUUUGCCUCCGCUCUGGAUUUUCUGAAGCUUGAGCGCGUGGAGUUGGGCGGCUCAAGAGGAAAGAUUCUCAGCGAGAUGGUGUACGGCAUGAACGACGAGUUCUUGGACAGCUGGAGAACUGUAAGAGAAAGCAAAUAUGAUCCACUCGACUACAACAACAAGGAGUUUGUGCGUGACUAUCAUCGCUUAAUGGAACAGUACGGAGAUUUUGAUCAGAGGUUGGGAACUGUGAUAAACUUGGCCUUCCAACAUUCUCUGGGUUUAGAAUCUGCUUUCAAGCUCCUGCAGAUCUUUGGGACGCUGUUGGAGAGGCCGAGGGUUCACCAGCUUUUUGCACUGAAUUACAAUCAGCUGCUGGUAAUGUUUGAAGAGGAGAUCCACAUCUGUCAGCACAUACUGGACGGCCAGAGAGAGAAGUUGCGUAUGGGCUGUCCCGUUUUUGCUAAAAACAUGCCGAAUGUUGCCGGUAGCCUGAAAUGGUCUCAAGAACUGAGAGAUCGGAUCCUGUGUAACCGCAGUAACCUCAGUCAGCUUACACAUAUGCCAUUAGACAGUCCUGAAGCACAGCAGGUGUUGCGGGUGUGUGAAUGUUUAUUGGAGGUCUUGGAUCGGCUGGAUGAGGAGGUCUAUAAUAACUGGAGCGCUGGAUUGGACGAGUUGUGCCACACCCAUCUGAAUGAACCGCUGCUCUUAUUGGACGAGGAGACUAGCCUUUACAGCGUGAACUUUAACCCUGCCUUGACAUCAGUUUUAAGGGAGGUGAAGUAUCUUGGUAAUCUGAAGAAUCACAACAUUCCCAAAGCGGCUGUGAAUCUGUUCUCCAAACGGGAAACACUUCACCUGUACACCAGUACUCUGUCUCAGAUCUGUCAGUGGUAUAAUGAACUACACAGCACUAUUCUGGAGGUCGAGCUGCGGUUGGUGGAGUCAGAGCUGGAAGAAGUGAGACGUAAACUGAGGCCAGCGCUUAAGGAACUGCGAUGGAGUGAUGAAGACCUCGAUGAAUACAUCAUAAGCACGAGUGAUCUGGUGCGCGGUGUGUCCGAGCGUGUGCAGAAGAGCAAGGCCAACGUGGAUAAGCUGCAGGGCCUGAUGGGAGUUUUCAGUCAUUCCGCCUGCAUCACACGCAGGACCAGUCGCCACGGCAACCUGCUCAACCUCGCCGAUGUAGAGGAGAACUUCCGUCGUCAGUACGCUCUCAUCGCGCGGACAGGAGAAAAGAUACAUGAGCUCGUGCAGGGUAAUGCGGUUCUUCUCGGUGCUGAUGUAGACUCCGAGUCAUGGCAGUCUUACACAGAACACGUAGACAGAGCGGUUCUCUCUGGGUUCUGCAGUGCCGUACGAUGUUCUCUUCAGUAUUUAGUGGAGAACACGGAUCCAUUGCUUCGCAUCGCUCCACUGUUUGAAGUUCAGCUGACCCUGACCUUAGACAUGACCUUUCACCCUCCACUCGACCUUUCCAAGAAGGCCAACUUCUAUGACGUCAUUGACCAGAUGGUAGCAGAUAUUUUCAAAAUGGCCUCAUUCAUGAAAAGAGUGGCCAAGAUCAAACAGUCUGAGACGUAUCAGGCGGAUGUGGAUCAGACACCCGAGUUAGCAGGGUUAGCUCAGCUGGUGCGUAGCCGUGCACAUGAAGCCAUCGCUAAAGUCAAAGAGUUCCAACACUCCUUUGAUUCCUAUCGCUAUCUCUGGACCGGAGACAGGGCGGAGUUUAUGAGGCAGUUCCUGCUGUAUGGACACGCCCUUUCUGCAGAGGAGGCGGAGCUUUAUGCAGAUUACGAGCUGCCUAAAAACCCGCCCAAACUGCAGAACUUCAGAGAGCAGAUCAGUGAGUUUGAGGAUCUUUAUGAGAAGGUGCGUUUGUUAGAGGAGAAGAGGGUGUUCUGUGGAUGGUGUCAGGUGGACAUCAAACCUUUCAAAAUGUCUCUCAUGAACAUCAUCAAGAAAUGGAGCUGGAUGUUCAAAGAGCACCUGCUCAACCACGUCAGCGACAGUGUGCAAGACUUGGCAUCAUUUAUCGGGAACACGGAGCUAGGGUUGGUGAAGACCGUUACCGAUGGGGAUUACGGUAAACUGGUGGAAAUCAUGGGUCACCUGAUGGCCAUCCGAGACCGUCAGCUGAGCACGGAGCAACACUUUAAACCUCUGAAAGCCACAGCGGACCUGCUGAAGACAUACAACCAACAGCUGCCGGAACACAACUAUAUACUGAUGGAGUCACUUCCAGACAAAUGGAAGAACCUGAAAAAGUUGGCGUUUACAGUAAAACACGAGGUGGCUCCUCUCCAGUCCAAUGAAGUUGCCGUCAUCCGCAGAAAGUGUGUACGAUUUGAGAUUAAACAGCAUGAGUUCAGGGAACACUUUCGCACGGAGUCCAUCUUCUACAUCAGUCUGGAGGAGCCGUACAAACUCAUCGACAAGGCGAAUCGUGUUGUGGCUCAGUUAGAGAGUGAGAUGUGUAAACUUCAACAAACAGCCAAUCUGUUCGAGGUCAGUUUUCCUGAAUACAAACAGCUGGGACAGUGUCGCUCGGACCUCAUCCUGGUUAAAGUCGUCUGGGAUAUGGUCAUGUUCAUCAAGUCCAGUACCUUGGACUGGACUAAGACUCAAUGGAAGGAGAUCAAUGUGGAGCAGAUGGACAUGGAGCUCAGGAGGUUUGCGAAGGAGAUGAAGACUCUGGAUAAAGAGGCACGUGCGUGGGAUGUUUACAGCGGUCUGGAGUCUAUCGUGAAGAAUCUUUUGACAUCAUUACGAGCCGUGAAUGAACUUCAGAACUCAGCCGUCAGAGAGAGACACUGGAGACAACUCAUGAACACAACAGGGGUGAGUUUUGUGAUGGGUGAAAACACGACGCUGGGUGAUUUAUUGGAGCUUCAGCUCCACCGUGUGGAAGAGGAGGUGAAGAACAUUGUGGAUAAAGCGGUUAAAGAGAUGGCCAUUGAGAAGAUUCUGGCUGAGAUCCAGCAGACAUGGUCUAUGAUGUCUCUGUCAUAUGAGACGCACACCAGCACAGGAGCACCUCUGCUGAAAGCUGAUGAGAACCUCAUCGAAACCCUGGAGGACAACCAGGUUCAGCUCCAGAACAUUCUGAUGAGUAAGUAUGUGGAGUAUUUCAUGGUGGAGGUGAGCGGCUGGCAGAGGAAGCUGAUGGUGGCUGAUCUGGUCAUCGGGACGUGGCUGGCGGUCCAGCGCACAUGGGCUCAUCUCCAGAGCAUCUUCACCAACUCUGAAGACAUCAGGAAUCAGUUGGCACAUGACGCCGAACGCUUUCAAGGCAUCCAUCAGGAUUUCCAGGUCUUAAUGGUCGCCGUCGUAGAGACGAAUAAUGUGAUUGAAGUUACGAACAAGCCAGGAUUCUUGGAGCAUCUUGAAACUCUUCAGCAGAGAUUGUCGGUGUGUGAGAAAGUUCUGGCGGAGUAUUUGGAGACCAAGCGUUUGACGUUUCCAAGGUUUUAUUUCGUCUCCGCUACUGAUUUGCUUGAAAUCGUUUCCAAGGGAACUCAACCCAGACAGGUGACACGCCACCUGUUGAAGCUCUUCGAUAAUCUGGCUGAUCUCAGUUUUAAAGAGGAGGAAGAUGAUGGAGACACAACGGUGGCACUGGGCAUGUACAGCAGAGAGGGAGAGUAUGUGCCAUUCUCACAGCCCUGUGUGUGUCAGGGACAGGCGGAGUGUUGGCUCAAUGCUCUGGAGGAGGCCAUGUGUUCCACAGUUCGUCAGGAGAUCUCUGAAGCCGUAGCCGCUUAUGAAGACAAACCCAGAGAUCAGUGGCUCUUUGACUAUCCAGCACAGGUGGCACUGACCGGCAGUCAGAUCUGGUGGGUGACAGAUGUGGGGAUUGCCUUUGAAAGGUUGGAAGAGGGUUUCGAGACGGCGCUGAAAGACUACAACAGAAAACAGAUCAGUCAGCUGAACUCUCUGAUAAACAUGCUGCUUGGUGACCUCACGCCCGGCGAGCGACAGAAGAUCAUGACCAUCUGCACCAUCGACGUCCACGCUCGUGACGUGGUCGCCAAACUCAUUUCACAGAAGGUGACCAAUGGGCAGGCGUUUGCGUGGUUGUCACAGUUACGUCACCGAUGGGACGAGCAGCUGAAGCACUGUUUUAUCAACAUCUGUGACGCUCAGUUUCAGUUCUCGUACGAGUAUUUGGGAAACACUAACAGACUGGUGAUAACACCUCUCACUGACCGAUGUUACAUCACUCUGACUCAAUCACUGCACCUCACAAUGAGCGGCGCCACAUCAGGACCGGCCGGAACCGGCAAGACCGAGACCACCAAAGACCUGGGCCGCUCGCUCGGCAUUAUGGUCUACGUGUUCAACUGCUCCGAGCAAAUGGACUACAAGUCCAUUGGAAAUAUCUAUAAAGGUUUGGCUCAGACGGGCGUGUGGGGAUGUUUCGAUGAGUUUAACAGGAUCUCGGUGGAGGUUCUGUCUGUGGUGGCCGUGCAGGUGAAAACCAUUCAAGAUGCCGUCCGCAACAAGAAACAGAGGUUUCACUUUCUGGGGGAGGAGAUUGAGUUGAGACCGACGGUUGGGAUUUUCAUCACUCUGAAUCCAGGAUACGCAGGGAGAACUGAACUCCCAGAGAACCUUAAAGCUCUCUUCAGGCCGUGUGCGAUGGUCAUUCCUGAUUAUGAAUUGAUCUGUGAGAUCAUGUUGGUCGCUGAAGGUUUUAUUGAUGCACGUCUGCUCGCACGGAAGUUCAUCAGUCUCUACACACUGUGUAAAGAACUGCUCUCCAAACAGGAUCAUUACGACUGGGGUCUGAGGGCUAUAAAGUCAGUUCUGGUUGUGGCCGGAUCGCUGAAGAGAGAAGACAGAAGUCGUCCUGAAGAGCAGGUGCUGAUGCGAGCACUGAGGGACUUUAACCUGCCAAAGGUCGUGACCAGUGACGUGCCGAUCUUCCUGGGACUGAUCAGCGACCUGUUCCCGCUUCUGGACAUCCCGCGUAAGAGAGACCACCAGCUGGAGCAGAACGUACGGCAGUCGGUCACUGAGCUUCACCUGCAGCCCGAGGAGAACUUCAUACUGAAGGUGACUCAGCUGGAGGAACUGUUGACUGUCAGACACUCGGUGUUUGUUGUGGGCGGAGCCGGGACCGGAAAGAGUCAGAUUCUGAAGACACUUCAUAAGACAUACUCCAACAUGAAACUAAAGCCCAUCUGGACGGACAUCAACCCUAAAGCUGUCACGACCAAUGAACUGUUCGGAUUCCUGCAUCCGGCCACACGAGAAUGGAAAGAUGGUCUGUUUUCAUCCACGAUGAGAGAACUGUCUUCUAUAUCUCAUGAUGGACCGAAGUGGAUUGUUCUGGAUGGAGACAUAGACCCCAUGUGGAUUGAAUCUCUCAACACUGUCAUGGAUGAUAAUAAGGUGCUAACGCUGGCCAGUAAUGAACGCAUUUCAUUAACUCCUUCCAUGCGGUUGCUGUUCGAGAUCAGCCACCUGAAGGCUGCCACCCCGGCAACCGUAUCCAGGGCCGGAAUUCUGUACGUGAACCCUCAGGAUCUGGCCUGGAGUUCGUACGUGACGAGCUGGAUUGACACCCGUCACGCCCAAUCAGAGCGAGCUAACCUCACAAUCUUGUUUGAUAAGUACGUGCCGUACUGUCUGGAACAGGUGAGAUGUAACCUGAAGACCAUCACGCCCAUCCCUGAGACCAGUAUAGUGCAGACGCUGUGCUGUCUGUUGGACUGUCUGCUGACGGAUGAAAACACUCCUCCUGACUCUCCUCGAGAACUCUAUGAGAUCUACUUUGUGUUUGCGUGCGUCUGGGCUUUUGGAGGAGCUCUGUUUCAGGAUCAUUUGAUAGAUUAUCGUUCAGAGUUUAGCCGCUGGUGGUGUAAAGAAAUGAGAGCUGUGAAGUUUCCGUCUCAGGGGACUGUGUUCGAUUACUACAUCGACCCCAACACUAAACGCUUCAGUCCGUGGAGCGAGAGCACACCUCUGUUUGAGCUGGAGCCUGAGGUCCCGCUACAGACGAUGUUGGUUCACUCGGCUGAGACCAUCUGUCUGACGUAUUUCAUCGAGUUACUCGUGCAGAAGGGCAAACCGGUGAUGCUGGUGGGAAACGCUGGUGUGGGGAAAACCGUCCUGGUCUGGGACAAAAUCUCCAAACUCAAGGAGGAAUAUAUGGUGACCAAAGUGCCGUUCAAUUACUACACGACCUCAGCCAUGUUACAGCGUGUGCUGGAGAAGCCGCUGGAGAAGAGAGCGGGACGAAACUUCGCUCCUCCCGGUACUAAAAAGCUCAUCUACUUUGUGGACGAUCUGAACAUGCCUGAGGUUGAUGCCUACGGCACUGUGCAACCUCACACCCUCAUUAGACAACACCUGGACUACUCUCACUGGUAUGACCGUCAGAAGCUGGUGCUCAAGGAGAUUCAUAACUGUCAGUACAUCACCUGCAUGAACCCGACCGCCGGAAGCUUCUCCGUCAACCCUCGACUCCAGAGGCAUUUCUCCGUGUUUGCUGUUCAUUUCCCGGGCGCUGAGGCUCUGAGCACUAUAUACAGCAGUAUUCUGAGCGGUCACUUCCAGCUGGGCGGUUACAGUUACGGUGUGAGUCGUAUGGUCAGCACGCUGGUGCAGGCCGCCAUCUGUCUUCACCAGAAAAUGAACCAGAACUUUCUGCCCACUGCCAUUCGCUUCCAUUACAUCUUCAACCUCAGAGACAUCUCCAACAUCUUCCAGGGCAUUCUGUUCGCUCUGCCGGAGCAGGUGCGUUACCCCAUAGAUCUGGUGCACCUGUGGCUUCAUGAGUCCUCUCGAGUAUAUUCAGAUAAACUCAUGGAGGAGAAAGAUGUGGAGCUGUUCAACAAGAUCCUGCUGGACACGGGCAAGAGAUACCUUGAGGGCAUCGACGAGUCGAUCUUCAUCAACCAGCCCUUGAUCUAUUCUCACUUCGCUCACGGGACGGGUGAGGCGCGGUACGCACAGGUGACAGAUCUGGAGAAGCUACAGAAGACGCUGACGGACGCGCUUGAGCAUUACAAUGAACUGCAUUCUGACAUGAACCUGGUGCUGUUCGAGGAGGCCAUGCAACACAUUUGCAGAAUCAGUCGUAUUCUGGAGUCUCCGGUGGGGAACGCGUUGCUGAUCGGUGUGGGUGGAAGUGGGAAACAGAGUCUCUGUCGACUCGCUGCUUUUCUCAGCGGACUGGAGGUGUUUCAGAUCACACUGCGCAAAGGCUACGGCAUCAGCGACCUGAGGAGUGAUAUAGCUGCUCUGUACAUCAAGGUUGGAGUGAAGAACAUCGGUACGGUCUUCCUGCACACAGAUGCUCAGAUUCCCGAUGAAAGAUUUCUGGUGUUGAUAAAUGAUAUGUUGGCAUCAGGAGAUAUUCCUGACCUGUUCAGCGAGGAGGAGGUUGACAUGAUCGUGUCUUCCAUCCGCGUGGAGCUGAGAGCGCUGGGUUUACUGGACACACGUGAGGACUGCUGGGACUUCUUCAUUGAUCGCAUUCGCAGACAACUGAAGGUGGUGCUGUGUUUCUCUCCGGUGGGCUUCACUCUUCGCACGCGUGCUCGGAAGUUUCCGGCACUGGUGAACUGCACCGCCAUCGACUGGUUUCAUCCCUGGCCCCAGCAUGCACUGCAGUCUGUCAGCAGCACUUUCAUACAGAACAUCCCCGGCCUGGACCCGGCGGUGCAAUUGUCCAUCAGUGACUUCAUCUCGUUCGCUCACACUACUGUCAAUGAGGUGAGUGUGAAAUACCAGCAGAAUGAGAAACGCUUCAACUACACAACACCCAAGAGUUUCCUGGAGUUCAUGAAGGCCUACGGCAACCUGCUGGGGUCAAAGAGAAGAGAACUCUGUCAGAAGAUGGAGCGUCUGGAGAACGGCCUGCAGAAAUUACUGACCACCGCAUCACAGGUGGAGGAUUUGAAGGCUAAAUUGGCCAUACAGGAGGUGGAGUUACAGCUGAGAAACACAGAUACUGAAGCUCUCAUCGCUAAGAUCGGACAACAGAGCGAGAAACUCAGUCAAGAGAGAAGUGUCGCAGAUGCUGAAGAACAGAGAGUAGAAGCGAUUCAAGCAGAAGUGACCAAACAGCAGCAGGAGACUGAAGUGGAUCUGGCGAAGGCCGAACCGGCUUUACAGGCGGCUAAUGCAGCGCUCAACACACUCAACAGGUUGAAUCUAACAGAGUUGCGGACGUUUCCGAACCCUCCGGUCAUCGUGACGAACGUUUCUGCAGCAGUUCUGGUUCUUUUGGCUCCUAACGGCCGGAUUCCUAAAGACCGGAGCUGGAAGGCCUGUAAAGUCGUCAUGAGUAAAGUUGAUGACUUUCUGCAGACGCUGAUGAAUUUUGAUAAAGAACACAUCCCUGAAGCUACAGUACGUGUUAUCAAAGACGAGUAUCUGAGCGAUCCGGAUUUUAACCCUGAUUUUGUGCGUCUGAAAUCAUCUGCGGCGGCCGGUCUGUGUGCCUGGGUCAUCAACAUCAUCCGAUUCCACCAGGUGUUUUGUGAGGUGGAGGUGAAGAGAAUGUGUCUGUGUCAGGCAAACGCUGAUCUGAUCGAGGCCGCUGAGAAACUGGACAUCAUCAGAAAGAAACUCACCGAGUUGGACAGUAGUUUGGACACGAUGAAGGCGGCGUUUGAGAAAGCCACAUCAGAGAAGCUGCGCUGUCAGGAUGAAGUCAACCGCACCAACACGACAAUCCAUCUGGCCAACCGUCUGGUCAAGGGCUUAGAGUCAGAAAACGUGCGCUGGGUUCAUUCUGUGGCCCAGUACAGAGAGCAGGAGUCGACUCUGUGUGGAGACGUCCUCCUCACCGCUGCCUUCAUCUCAUACGCCGGAUCUUUCUCAAAGAGAUACCGACACGAGCUCCUGCUCAACCUCUGGAUGCCUUACCUGCGCUCACAAAAAGUGGCGAUUCCCAUGACUGAGGGAUUAGAUCCAGUUUCCAUGUUAACAGAUGACGCCACGAUCGCCAAGUGGAACAAUGAAGGUCUGCCGGGUGAUAAGAUGUCCACUCAGAACGCCACAAUACUGAGUAACUGUGAGCGCUGGCCACUGCUCAUCGACCCUCAGCUGCAGGGCAUCAAGUGGCUCAGGAGUCACUAUGGCAACCGCCUCAAAGUCAUUAACCUCGGACAGAAGGGGUAUGUGGAUGUGAUUGAAGAGGCUGUGGUCUCUGGUAGACCUGUAUUGAUUGAGAAUCUAGAGGAGACCAUUGAACCCGUCAUUGAUCCGCUGCUGGGCCGCCACACCAUCAAGAAGGGCAGAUGUAUUAAAGUUGGAGAUAAGGAGUGUUAUUUUCAUCCAGACUUUCGUCUGAUUCUCCACACGAAGCUGGCCAAUCCUCACUACAAACCUGAGAUUCAGGCUCAGACCACGCUGAUAAACUUCACGGUGACUCGUGACGGUCUGGAGGAUCAGCUGCUGGCUGAGGUGGUGAAUCUGGAGAGACCUGAUCUGGAGCAUCUCAAGUCUGAGCUCACUAAACAGCAGAACACGUUUAAGAUCGAGCUGAAGCAGUUGGAGGACGAGUUACUGUCCCGUCUAUCUGCCGCUGAGAGUAACUUCCUCGGGGAUGAUGUUCUGGUGGAGAAACUGGAGAGCACCAAACACACGGCGGCAGAGAUUGAGAUGAAGGUGUUGGAAGCAAAGGUUAAUGAGGUGAAGAUAAAUGAGGCGCGUGAACACUACCGGCCCGUGGCUGUCAGAGCAUCUCUCCUGUACUUCAUCAUCAAUGACCUAAACAAGAUCAACCCCAUGUACCAGUUCUCCCUCAAGGCCUUUAAUGUCGUGUUUCAUAAAGCCGUACAGAAUGCAGACGUGUGUUCAGAUGUGAAGAGUCGUGUGAACACUCUGAUAGACUGCAUCACCUUCUCAACAUUCAACUACAUCAACAGAGGACUGUUUGAGAGAGACAAACUAACCUUCGCCGCACAGCUUACAUUUCAGUUAUUGUUGAUGAGUAAGGAGGUGGACACUCGAGAGCUGGACUUUCUGCUGCGCUUUAACAUCGACCUCAGUUACAGCAGCCCGCUGGACUUCCUGUCUAACUCCACCUGGAGCGCUGUUAAAACCAUGAGCUUCACGGACGACUUUCGGGGUCUGGAUCGGGACAUGGAGGGUUCUCCUAAACGCUGGAAGAAAGUGGUGGAGUCUGAAUGUCCAGAGAAAGAGAAACUGCCACAGGAAUGGAAGAGCAAGAGUUCGCUUCAGAAACUCAUCCUCAUGAGAGCUCUCAGACCCGACAGGAUGACGUAUGCCGUACGGAACUUUGUUGAAGAGAAACUGGGUGUGCAGUACACUGAGGGCAGGAAGGUGGAGUUUGCGCGCUCGUUUAAAGAGUGUGGACCGGCCUCGCCCGUCUUCUUCAUCCUGUCACCUGGAGUGGAUCCGCUAAAAGACGUCGAGUCUCUGGGGAAGAAGCUGGGCUUCACUAUAGAUCUGGGGAAGCUUCAUAAUGUGUCUCUGGGACAGGGUCAGGAGUCUGUAGCAGAACUGGCGAUGGAAAAAGCCUCCAGAGAGGGACACUGGGUCAUUCUACAGAACGUUCAUCUGGUGGCCAAAUGGCUGGGCAGUCUGGAGAAACUCCUGGAGCGGUGCUGUGAGAACAGUCACCCGGACUACCGUGUGUUUAUGAGCGCCGAACCGUCUCCCACCCCGCAGGAACACAUCAUCCCGCAGGGAAUUCUGGAAAAUUCCAUCAAGAUCACCAAUGAGCCGCCUACAGGGAUGCUGGCCAACCUACACGCAGCUUUAGAUAACUUUGAUCAGGACAUUCUGGACCAGUGUUCCCGUGAGCAGGAGUUUAAGACCAUUCUGUUCUCGCUGUGUUAUUUCCACGCAUGUGUGGCAGAGAGAAGAAAGUUUGGUCCUCAGGGUUGGAACAGAAAGUACCCGUUCAACACAGGAGACCUCACCAUAUCAGUCAAUGUGCUCUAUAACUACCUGGAGGCCAACUCACAGGUGCCGUGGGAAGAUCUGCGCUAUCUGUUUGGUGAGAUCAUGUAUGGAGGUCACAUCACUGAUGACUGGGACAGAAGACUGUGCAGAACUUACCUGGAAGAGUACAUGCAACCCAACCAGUUCGACAGGAAGCUGUCACUGGCUCCUGGAUUUGUCGUUCCUUCCAACCUGGAUUAUCAAGGUUAUCACGCUUACAUAGACGAGAUGCUGCCACACGAAAGCCCGGUGCAUUAUGGGCUACAUCUGAACGCUGAGAUCGAGUUUCUCACGGUGACGUCAGACGGUCUGUUUCACACGCUGCUGGAGCUUCAGUCCAGAGACACCGGCAUGGGUGAAGGAACCUCACAGACCACAGAGGAGAAGGUGAAGACCAUCCUGGAUGACAUCCUGGAGAAAUUACCCGAGGAGUACAACAUGUCAGACAUCACGUCCAAGACGGCGGAACGUUCUCCUUACAUUCUAGUGUGCUUCCAGGAGUGUGAGCGUAUGAACAUGCUCGUCAACGAAAUAAGACGCUCACUUAAAGAACUGGAUCUGGGGUUAAAGGGAGAACUGGCCAUAUCGUCAGAGAUGGAGCAGAUACAAACAGCUUUGUUUUACGAUAAUGUUCCCGAUCCGUGGGCCAGACUUGCGUACCCCUCCACAUAUAGUCUUGGACAGUGGUAUAAUGACGUGUUGCUCCGCUGUAGAGAGCUGGACAGCUGGACUCAAGAUCUCUCUCUGCCCAGUGUGGUGUGGAUCUCUGGUUUAUUUAACCCGCAGUCUUUUCUAACAGCUGUGAUGCAGAGUUUGGCACGUAAGAAUGAAUGGCCGCUGGACAAGAUGAACCUGACGGUGGACGUUACCAAAAAGUUUAAAGAGGAGUUCAACCAGGCAGCCAGAGAGGGAGCGUACAUCUACGGCCUUUACAUGGAGGGUGCACACUGGGAUAUUCAGGGUGGGACGAUUGCAGAGGCGCGUCUGAAGGAACUAACUCCCAGCAUGCCUGUUAUCGCCGUCAGAGCCGUUCCAAACGACCGUCAGGAGACGCGUAAUACCUACGAAUGUCCCGUCUAUAAAACCAAACUGCGCGCUAACACGUAUAUUUGGACCUUCAACCUUAAAACCAGAGAGAGACCUGCAAAAUGGGUUCUUGCAGGGGUCGCCCUUCUGCUUAGUGUGUGAGACUGACACCUGAUGACUAACUGAUGUGUGACCGGUGUGUUUGUGUAUUUAUACUACUUCAAAUAGUGCCUUUAGAUAAAGACAGUGCUUUAAGAAAAUACCUUCUUAUUCUG